AUGGAAAGAAAUUCGAUGAAACCGUGUUCGUCGGCUGGUAAUUGGUGUCGUUCGGAAUUCGAAACUUCCAGAACAGAUUUAGAAUGGAACGUUCAUUUACCAUGUCUAGAAACUACUACGCAGUGGAUGGAACCUUUGGACUCGACUUUAUUUUCAGCCAAAUCAACUCCCGAUCGCCUAUGGAAAAUGCAACUCACCGAUAUGGCGACAGACUUGAAAAUCCAGCUGUUCCUCACAACUCCCGGUGUCGCAUAUUACUACAGCGCCAAGCUCGUCGAUCCGGUUCGAGUGAAAAUUGCGAUCCUGAAUAAGAAACGACAAAAGAUUCUACAGACGGUGCAGGCUCUACCCAGACACAGCGGCGGUUCAUUCAUUAUGAUGUUUCCCAAAGCCAAAAUCAUAGAAAACGAGUGCCAGCAAUUGGACGGAAGUUUCACCUUUUACUCUGAAAUCGAAUCUUACGUGAAGAUAGAACCUGUUUCAGGCAAAGCCAAUGACGAUCGAGACCAGCAGCCGAUGAGAAACAGCGACAAGUUGAUUGACCAACAAGAAAAAUUGUUUGAAAACAUGAAGUACGCCGACGUGACGAUUAAAACAGGUGGCCGUGAAUUUCUGGCGCACAAGGCCAUUUUGGCGUCAAGAAGUCAAGUGUUUGACGCCAUGUUUCAGCAUUCGACAAAGGAGAAACUGUCCAAUCAGGUGGAAAUUGAAGACAUCCAUCCGGAUGUGUUUGGCCAACUCCUCCGCUUCAUCUACACUGGCCGCCUGUCUUUGACAACGAUGGAAGCGAUGGCUGUGGGACUUUAUGCCGCGGCGGAUAAAUAUUUCUUGGAUCAGUUGAAAGCCGAGUGCGAGGAUCAUCUGAUUCGGCGGAUGUCUCCUGAAAAUUGCAUCCAGUUGUUGUUGGAUGCCGAUCGGCAACCUCCACCGGAGCAUUUGAUUGCCAAUGCCAUCGAAUACUUUCGACUUCACCAAAGUCAAGUGAUGGCGACCGACACCUGGAAAAACACCAAACAAGAGAAUCCAGUCAAGUUGUGCGACAUUCAGGAAAUGCUGCACCACCUACCGAUUGCUACAGGCACCAGCAGAUCCAACGAGGAAAAAACAUCAAAUCCUGCGAUAAGAAAAACGGGACGAAGACGGUGA